GCGGACUCACGUCUUUACUUAUGUUGCUCAGUUUUAUUAAUUUUUCUUGGAUGUACAUUUGAUUUUGGUAUCCAGAAUGUGCGUGGUUUGACAAGACAUAAACUGUCCAAUUGCUACACAACCAACAGCACCAACUAUACAGUUGAUCUAAAGUGCACUGCUGGUUCCGUGAUUCACGUCGUAAGAGAGACUUACUCAAACAGCAGUUCGCAUGGCAUCUGCGCACCAUAUUAUAGCAACUGUAGCGGACAUGUGGUCGAAAACAACAGAUUAUCAUCUUCAGACUUCAGACUGCAGACUACCUGCAAUGGUAAACCAGAAUGUAGUGAAUUUCUGGAUCCGUCUCAUUUCAACUGUGUUGGUAGACGUAUGGGAAUAGUUGAUUACGAAUGUGUUCCAGAAUCGGUGAACUACAAUAUGUGUUAUAAUCUGACAGCGUCAAGCCAGACUAAUAAAAACGUAUUUUUUCUUGCAAGUCCUAAGUCUGGAACAUCACAUCCUAUUCUGUGUAAUUGUGAGAUACGCGGGAAGAACAUGAGAGUUCAAAUUGUAGAUUUUAGAGCAAAUAUGAUGGACAACGAGAAAUGGGUUUUAAACAUAACAUCCGGUUUUAUGCUAAAUGAUUCUACACCAUCAAACUCACCAUUUAUACGAUUGUUAAAUAAUGUACUAGGAGGAUAUCAUGACACAGUUCAUAUACAGUAUUACAGUGAGAACACCAGUAAUCAGAAUAUAUGGAUAGAACUCACAGGACCUACAGAUGUUCAAAUGAAUUUGAGCUGCACGUCAUGGAUCUAUUCAGGUACAAGGAACACGUAUCAACCUCAAACAUCACAAACAGGCACACCUGUGAAACCGUCGUCAACGCACUCAACGAACAUCACUGAGACACCAACAGCUAAUUAUAACACUACCUUCACGUCAGCGUUCGCAAAUACAACAUCCACGGUUAAUAAGUCAUCACAGACGCCUACAUCAUCAGUGUCUACCUCUGCGGAAAAUACAACAUCUACAGAGGUGACUACAAAUGACUCUGGGGCCUAUUCUUCUGGUCAAAGUUCCAGUCGUGGUGUGUUUGUGGUCAGCUAAUUAUUUACAUGAGCCAUGCAUACAGUCACACAUUAACAACACACACAUACACACACACACACACACACACGCGCGCGCGCGCGUGCG